UUUUACGGAUCCGGAUCCAUUUUGGAAUUAGCGGUAUCUGGUUGUGAUACAACUGUAACUGGGCCGAGCAAAGUUUUGGUCAUUUUGAAGAAAAGCCUAACACUUGAUCCAUCCUCUCUCUGGAAUUUCCAGUGCUUGAUUUUUCUCCGUUUCGGAGCAAGUGUGGUUGAAGUCUACUGCAUUCCAGAUGUUUGAUAAAUUUCUUCAGAGAGAUCUUGCGGUAAUUUCCAUCAGGGUUGACUUCAAAACUAUGGCGAACCCCUUUAAUGCUAAAGUGAUGAAGAGACCCUUCUGGAAUUCCGUUUAUUCUUUGAUGUACUGCUCGUCGUCGGCGGCGGCCAUGAAUGUGCUCAAAACUGGGGACGUUCUAAAGCAAGCCAGAGUAUUUUCUACGUCCGACAUUGCCGGAUACUCCAAGCUGACCCAUGACUCAAAUCCACUGCAUUUUGAUUCUGAAUGUGCAAGAAAUGCAGGCUUCGAGGAUAUCCCUGUCCCAGGAAUGCUCGUUGCUUCCUUGUUUCCUAGGAUCAUUGCUUCCUACUUUCCAGGGGCUAUUUAUGUGAAGCAAACUUUGGACUUCAGGUCGCCGGUUUUUGUUGGAGAUAACAUCACUAGUCAAGUGCAGGCAAGCAGUGUUAGACAAAUGAAACAAAAAUACAUGGUGAAAUUUGUGACGACAUGCUUCAAGGAUGGUGAGAUUCUCGUUAUUGGUGGUGAGGCCACGGCAAUCUUACCCACCCUGGCCAUGAAACAAGUUGACAAUCACAGUUCGGAGUCAAAAGACUUUGGCAGCCCAACACAACUUCACUAGUUCGUGCCCACUCUUUACUCUUGCUCCAAAGUUUGAAGUUGGCUUAUUGGAUUGUUUGUAGCACUUGCUCGUAAUGUAUCAGUGCAUUGUUGAAUUGGAACUCAUUCGUUCUGGUAAUAUAUCCACUUCUUGCAGUAGUCUAUAAUAAGUAGCAUGUUAUGGCUCAAAUUUGAUGGCAGAUGCUAGCUCGGGAGUCCUGAGGUUUCAUGCAAAUUAUAACACAAAAGUAAAAGCGAAUUCUGAAUUUACCAACACUUACUACAUUUUAGCGAGUGGAAGAGAAGAUCAAUCAUUUAUUAUAAGUUCAUUUUACGAUCAUGAAAUUACCAUUCUCUUUGAAUCCUUCAACCGAAACAUUCUUAUCACCUUCAGCUAACACAUUUCCACCUUAAAGACAAAUAAGAGUGAUACUAAAUAAUUCCUCAGCUCAAAUAAAACAACUGCCCCCCCCUUCCCCAGCUUAUGUGCUAGUGAACAAUCCCAAAAAUUUUCUAUAAGAAACUAAGACAAUAUGACUAUGCUCAAUAAACUCCAGCGCCGGGCUGAGCAGCGGCAGCAGGUUUUUUAGGCUUAGGUUUUUCCACAACAAUGGCUUGUG